GUUGUCCUCCUUUGCGCAAUUUUUACACACAGUACAUAUUUUAUAAAGAAAAAAAAAUGUGUAUAAAUGUAUUUAUUUGUAUAUGAGCGCACACCACGCUCCUUUUUGAACUUUUACAAUUCGUGAGGCAAACCGGUAUGCUUUAACCCCCCACGCACAGUGGCCUACAAAGUAGAGGCGCUUAGCCAUUUUGCAAUUCCAUGCGCAUUUGUGAAAGUCUUCCUCAUAAUCGAACAGGAGCGGUAAGAGUACACCAGCGCAAGAGCGGAAAAGGACGCCCCCACAGACAGACACCUAAACAUACAUACGUACGUACAGACGACGAUACCGUCGAGGAGCGAACAUGGGAGGGCCGCCCACCAUAGAGGAACUGAAAAGGGAAAAAAUUAUCCCCCACGUUUUUCCGGAUGAAAAUGUGGACUUGACUGUAGACAUGUACAUAAGUUUUAAAUCAGGAAAGGAGGUAAAUCAUGGGAACAUAUUAGAUUUGGCUGGCACCGGAAGUGUCCCUAGGAAUAUAAAAUUUUCAGAAGAACCCCCAGAGGAUUAUUGCUAUAUUUUGUUUAUGAUUGACCCGGACUUCCCCUCCAGAAGAAGACCAGAUGGAAGAGAUUACGUUCACUGGGCUGUGUCUGGGAUUAAAUCCAAGGAGCUAGUAAAAGGGACGGAUAAAAAUUGUAUUACCUUAUUGCCCUAUGUAGGCCCGUCUAUUAAGAAAGGAACCGGCCUCCACAGAAUCUCUUUCAUCCUUUCGUUAGUGAAGGAGGAAAAUAAGGGCAACGUUACCGGGGUGCCUCUCUACCGAGGCGAGCAUUACAUUACCAGAGUUAAAUUUAACAACUGCCAGUCGGCUUACAACGUCAUACAGAUGAAUGAUAUGAAAAUUGUGGGUUUUAACUGGUGCCAGAUAGAGGCGUAG